UCAAUCGUGAUAGCGAUUCCAUGUCCGAACGAUGGAGACGCACCAUUAGUGCUUCCACCACCGCCAGUCGUUAGUCCGGUGACGACCGUCGUGGGUCGCUGAGUGCUUUGCCUUCCACCGCCUGCUCGGUUUGUAGUAGGUACCGUUUGCCACGGAACACGUGAUGGCUACAUCGUACACGAAUCGAUCCAGAUCGGAGACGGUGCUAUCGGUCGAUGGUGACUACGGGUGGCCAUCGAGACCUCCGGCAACCUCGUUUUCACCGCCAUGGCAGAGAGGAUAUCAUCAGCGCAUGGGGCCGGGUUAUCGGACCGGUGGACAGCCAGCCUGGAUGGGCGGAUCGAGUGGAGCCCUAGCGCGUACGGGUAGCCGUGAUGAGGCGAAGCUACACAAGAGCCUUGAAGAGAUCUCGAAGGACAUACGCGAGCUGGAGGACUUUAUCAGUGUCACCGAAGAUAUUCUGAGACGGGAACGGGAACAGGACGAGCAGCUCACACUGCGUGAACGACAACGGAAGGCGGCCGAGAGGACGAUACAGCUCAUCCGAAGCAAGUGCAGUCCGGCAAAAAAGUGUCUCAACCGAACCGUGGCACCAGAUGGCAACAAGCGGGUAUUGCGCUCACCGACCUACAAGGUCAACAUCACGCAGAAACGACGCAUGAAAUCGUACAGCCCGAAGGGCACCGGAUAUAAAUCGAAGCUGUACUUCCGAAAUGGUAAAAUCGGAUGCCAGGAGGCCGAGGAGAAUGCGGUCUCGAACCUGCGAAGUACGCAUGAGCUGGUCAAGCGCAUUAUCAACGACGAAAAUAAUGCCCUGGUGAAGCUGGAACAUUGUCAGCAGUACACCACGAUGGGAAAUUUCGGGGCAGGCGACCGGCUCGGAUCGCGAUCCAGUUCCGUCGACACCCCCGUGGAGAGCUUGCAACUGUGCAUAACGGAAUCGGCCGGUACAUCACUAUGUGACGACGAACCGCCGGCUACCGUAGCUAACGGAGAUUCACUUGGGCCUCGGGAUAGCCCAUGCAAGCCAUCCCAUGCGAACAUACCCGAUGUCGAGAAUGCUUCAGUGAUUGAGGAGAUUGAAGACCGCAGGAACUCGGUGAGUCCAUCGGAAAUUAUGCCUGCAAAUGGAACUGAUUUCGUGACCGUCCGAUUACGACACCUAGCCAGCCGGUUCUCGGAGCGCACCCGAAGGAUGCGCAAUAAGCUCGAGAUUCCUCCGACACCGUCCAGCAGUGCCAGCGCUCCUUCGACAGCACCUUCAAUGCAGAAGCAUAGUGUGCACCAACGUACUAUCCAGAACUCGGCGCUCACCCUACAGUCGGCCACCGAAACAGCGGGUUGCAGCCACUACCUAUUUUGUCCGAUCUUCUGCUGCGCCGGACGUGCCGACAAUGUUCUAGAUCCGCAAGGCAAAUUCUACAUUGCAUGGCUAUUCAUAGUGUCACUAUCGUUCCUGUACAAUGCCUGGGUCAUACCGCUACGAUCAUCCUUUCCCUAUCAAACACCCGAAAACACCAAGUACUGGAUCGCGAUGGAUAUCUGCGCGGAUGUGAUCUACCUGUUGGACAUUCUGUUCGUCAAACAUAGGCUCAUGUAUCUUUACGAAGGUUUCUGGGUAAAGGACAAGAACCUGACGCGCAAGAACUACAUGAGGAAGUUACAGUUUAAGAUGGAUCUGCUGGCUCUGGUUCCACUGGAUCUUCUCUAUCUACGCUUCGGUACCGAGCACGUGGUUUUCCGUGCUCCGAGACUUCUCAAGAUACAAAGCUUUUGGGAAUUCUUCAAGUUGAUCGAUCGGGUUAUCUCAUCGCCCCACAUUAUCCGUGUGGUUAAAACGUUGACCUACAUGCUGUACAUGAUCCACCUGACAGCAUGUGCCUACUAUGCCUACAGCGCUUACCAAGGACUCGGCUCCAAUCGAUGGGUAUUCAACAACAAGGGCCACGCGUACGUACGGUGCUUCGCCUUUGCCACCAAAACAGCAACCUCCAUCGGUAAAAACCCAAAGCCAGAGAAGGAGGGCGAGCUAAUGUUCAUGACCGCUGCCUGGCUGAUGGGGGUGUUCGUAUUUGCCCUACUGAUUGGCCAGAUUCGAGACAUCAUAGCGACGGCCACACGCUCGAAAUCGGAAUAUAAGCAGCUGGUCGACGAAACGCUGGAGUACAUGAGGCGCCUCAACCUACCGACCGAUCUGCAGCGUCGUGUCAAAAUGUGGUUCACCUUUACCUGGGAGCAGCAAAAGUGUCUCGAUGAGACGCAUAUCAUGGAUGCUCUGCCGGCGAAUCUGAAAACCGACAUCGCCAUCUCGGUGCACAUCCAAACGCUCUCUAAGGUGCAAUUGUUUGCCGACUGCGAGGAAGCCCUGCUACGCGAACUGGUACUUAAGCUGCGAUCCGUGACCUUUCUGCCGGGUGAUUUCGUCUGCCGUAAGGGCGAGGUCGGCAAGGAGAUGUACAUCGUGAAGACGGGUCAGGUACAGGUAAUGGGUGGUGCUCGUAACGAUGUCGUUCUGGCCACACUGUACGAGGGCUCGGUGUUUGGCGAGAUCAGUCUGCUGGCGAUUAACGGAGCGGAAGGAAAUCGCCGUACGGCCGAUGUACGAUCAAAGGGUUUCUCAAAUCUCUUCGUGCUGUCGAAAUCGGACCUAAACGAAGCGAUCGUCUACUAUCCUAACGCACAGGCGAUCCUGAAGAAACGUGCUAAGAGCUUGAUGCGUAAGAACGCGGCUAGGGAGAAGGCUGAAUCACAGCAGAGCAUCGACACGAAGUGCAGUGACGCCGACGUGGUUAUUCGCAACCCACAGGAUCCGACUUCACCGAAACUGCUGAAAACCGUCAUCCAAGCGUUACCGCGUGAAUCCGCCGCGGUACAAUUGUUAAUGCAGGGCUUUAAAUCAAUCGAUCCACCACGAGAAGAGCACAGCGAAGCGAAGGUCGAUGAUGAUGCCGCCAAGGAGAUUCCGGAUCCGGAUGAUACGGCUUCGAUGCGAAGCGUUGAGUUGAGACACACCACCGAGGUACAGAUUGAGAAUGAGAAGAACGUAGAGCUACCGUGCGAUCUGGUGUACAGCAUCAAGAAGGAACUAAUGGAGAACAACAGCUACAUCAAUCUGACCGAUACGGAGAAGUAUAAGCUACUGCAUGAACUGUCGAAGGACGAGUACGACCAGCAGCAGCAGCAGCAGCAGCAGCAACAGCAACAACAAAAGUCCCCCGUUUAAUCUUCUCUAUUGUGAAUGCUAUUCCAACCAACCUACUAGUAUCCAGUGUGUUUGAUAUCUUUCCAUCAUCAAUCUUCUGCUGUUACUUGUUAACAAAUGAUCGUUUACCCACUUACCGCAUCUUCGUGAUCACGCUUCGUAUAGUAUCCACAGAAAAGCCUUUAAUCCCUCUCUAGGGAGCAACACACGAGGAGAAUUCAAAUGGGCACAACAGACCUUCCCGCUCAUUCAAGGUAGCAUGAGGCGCUUCAAUAUCGACCUACUGCUACCACCCACCCGCAGGCCUAUCAUUAACUGCUUGCCGUAAGCAUGUCGCGGCUGAUCGAUGGUGGUUUGAGGAUCGUAAAAUCAAUGUUAAGGUUGAGGUAAUCCACUUCACCUCCACGGUCCCAUCGGUGGCAAGUGUUCGGUCGUGUGUCGCGUGCUCUGCGUAAUGGCACGGGUAUACCUAGUUUGAUUGUUGUUCGUUGGUAUUGCUGGAUGAGAUCAUAUUACCGUGCGACUAUGGCGUAAACGUGAUCAGGCACGCGUACCAGGCAAUGGUGCCGGUAAGAGGAGGUUACUCGUAACGCUGUUUCAGUAGUUGAGCCUUCACUUGUGCCAGGAUAAGUAAGAAUAAAGAAAUGUGUUAGAUUUGUAUUGAUGUUUAUCU